CAAGUCCAUCGUUGUCCUACUCUUGUGGCAUCGAAGGCAGUGAGACGCGGGAGGCAAGAAGGAGAGGGAGAGAGCGCGAGAGAGAAGAGGAGGGUAGAGAUGGCGGCGAUGGCAGCCACGUCAGCGGCUUCCUUGGCGGUCUCGACGCCGGCGGGAUUUCUUUCGAGCUCGUCUUCCGUCCUCGACGGGGGGCAGCGGGGCGCAGGCGCGGGGGCGGGAACCGCGGUAAUCGUCCAGCAGCAGCGGAGGAGCCGCCACGUGGCAUUGCGGGCGGUCGCCUCGCCCAGAGCGGAGUUCGAACUCCCGCCGCCGCCUUAUGAGCUCGAUGCGCUGGAGCCGCAUAUGUCCAAAAACACGCUGGAGUUCCACUGGGGCAAGCAUCACCGCGCCUACGUAGAUAACCUUAACAAGCAGAUUGCGGGGACAGAGGAGGAGAGGUACUCUCUUGAGGAGGUGGUUUUGAAAUCCUAUAAUAAUGGGACUCCCACCCCCUUGUUCAACAAUGCCGGCCAGAUUUGGAACCACACCUUCUUCUGGGAGUCGAUGAAGCCAGCUGGCGGCGGCGCGCCCAAGGGGAAGCUUCUGCAGCUAAUUAAUCGAGACUUCGGCUCGUUCGACGAGUUCAAGACCCAGUUUAAGGCCGCCGGGGCCACCCAGUUUGGGUCCGGAUGGGCAUGGUUGGUCAUCAAGCCCAGCCUUGAGGAGUGGAUUGCACAGAGACAGACUGGCAGCGAUGAACCGGUGAAGGACAAGGAUGGAAAUAUCGCAAAGUCCUUGGCCGUCGUCAAGACGCCUAAUGCCGUCACUCCGGUGGUGUGGGGAGAUGUGCCGCUGCUGACCAUGGAUGUGUGGGAGCAUGCGUACUAUUUGGAUUACCAGAAUCGACGUCCAGCGUACAUGGACGUGUUUCUAGAUCAGCUCGUUAAUUGGGACGCGGUGGAAGCGCGCCUCGAGGCCGCGCUCUCGACUGUUAAUCUGACUCAGCAAACUUUCACUUCUUGAGGAAUUUUGGCGCGAAAGAGUGCAGUGCAUGUUCGCGCCGCUGCACGCAUGGAGGGAAAUUCUUGAGGAAUUUUGGCGCGAAAGAGUGGAGUGAAAGUUCGCGCCGCUGCAUGCAUAUGGCGGGAAAGAGCCCAGUGAGAGCAUUUGCGGCAUGCAUGGCGGGAAUUUUUUUUUUGAAGUGAAUGUUCGCUGCAUGCAUGGCGGGAAAAGUGAACUGCUUCUGACUUUACAGCUAUGGGAGGUAUAAUACUUUUAAGCGUAUUUGGCGGGAAAAGUGAACUACUUCUGACUUUACAGCUAUGGGGAGGUAUAAUACUUUAAGCGUAUUUGGCGGGAAAGAAUUGAGGAAAUGGCGGGAGAGUAGGUAGGGCGGAGGGAAGGAGGAAUUCUUGAAAAUAUGUCCAGGGGAGCAGCCAAAAAGAGGCAGUACUGAUUCUCAAACUUGUGCACAGAGAGAGAGAGAGAGAGAGAGAGAGAGAGAGAGAGAGAGAGAAAGAGAGAGAGGGAGGAAGCCGGUGCUUUCGGGCCUGUAUGAUAUGUUUAGUUAUAUAAAUAGAGAUGAACAAGGGGAAAUGACAAAGGCCACACGGGACACAUUUUGGCGGGGAAAGGCAGCCGCCAUGGACACUUUUUGGCGGGAGAAGGCCGCCGCCAAAAAUGAAUGUAACUGUACUUAGGAGGGUAGGAAGACUAGGUGCAAGGCCUGCACCUGGCUGCCUGUUUAGGGUAAGUGCAUUCCAAGUGGCCUAUUUUGUGAUAAAUCUAGUGGCCUAAUAAACGACUGCUCCCUAAACAAAAUUUUAUUGUUGCGUCGGCGGAUAUCGACUUCGCAUUCUAAACUCUCCUCUCGACUUCUGGGGCGGCGACCUUCCUGGCGUUCUGGCCGACCAGUCGGCGACCGACCCGGCAUUCUCGGCGGUUGGGCGGCGACCGAACUGCCAUUUUUGGCGGCUGGACAGCGACCUCAUUAACUAGCCCGCCACUUUGUUACUCGGGCGGACUACGCAUCCACCUUCUCCUCUCCUCUCCUCUCCCUCUCCUCUUUUCUCUGUCUCCUCUUUUCUCUCUCCUCUCCGUGCCGGCUGCUCUUCUCGCCCCCCUUCAUUCGGCGCCGCGAAUUCCCCCCUAAAUUCCCUGCACUUUCCCUGCACUUUCCCUGAACUUUCCCUGAACUUUCCCUGAACUUUCCCUGAACCUUCCCUGAACCUUUCCUGAACUUUCCCUGAACCUUCCCUGUGAACCUUCUCUACAUCUGCCCCGAAUCUUUGGGGACCUCCCGGCACCUUCCUGGACCUCCUGUCAUCUUUAUCUCUCUCUCCCUCCGUCGUCCCUCCCUCAGAACUCUCUCCUCCUCCUGCUUCUCUGUCUUAUGAUCAGUGGAAGAUUGGCUAUCAGUGUUCGCUUGCCAUCAUCUCUCUUUUCCCGGGAUUUUUGAUGGAGUGUACUUGCUUGAUGAUGAUUCUGUACAUUUUGCAGUAUGGAUUUUACAAUCUGCUUGCGCUUGUGAUUUUCUCAGGUGUACAUUCGUCAGGCUGAUGUUCAGUGAUUACUGUUUGGGACUCUUUUCAAUCAGUCGAAUGCAAAACGGGGACGUGUGAAAAAGCGGCAUUCACCUCU